UAGAACUGGUCGAGUCGCUGUCCUCCCAGAAGGAGGACGAGUCGUGGCUUCCAACCCUGCACCCCCGCAGACAAGGGCCUGCGGAAUAUGUCCCUAGAUGCAGUGGACGGAGUGCGGGCCGUGGAGCCAGAGAGGAAUCCUACGGCUAUUCCAGACUGUGCGCUCCAGAACCAGAGGGGUCGCUGCUCCGCCUGGGCAGUGUCCGCUUGCUCAAACUGUACCGUCUGCCUUGAGUCUGCGCUGCCGCCAGGAUGCAGUGGCGGGACCGCGUGGCCGUGCUCUUCUUCCCACAAGGCAUGAUUCUCACCAUGGCUGCACUGAUGCUCUUCUUCAUACACCUGACCGUCUUCGCCAGCGACGUGCACAACUUCUGCGUCACCCACCACUAUGACCGCAUGAGCUUCCGCUACACAGUUGUCCUGAUGUUCUCCCAGGUGAUCGGCAUCUGCUGGGCCGCCAUGGGGUCACUCUACGCUGAGAUGACACAUGACAAGUUUCGUCGAUGCUUUUCCUUGACCAUCCUGAUGCUCAAUGGAGCCAUGUUCUUCAACCGCCUGUCCCUGGAGUUUCUGGCCAUUGAGUACCGGGAAGAGAGCCACUGA